CAAUAUUCUGAAAUGUCCCCCUACCGAAUCAUGGAGCAGAAAUCAACUCCACAGAGUGAAGAUCGAACUUAGUCGUUGCGACGUCGUACGUACAGAACAAGUCCAACAAUAUGUUGGCAAAUCUUCCCGCAGUUCCUGAUCUCCACAACAAUGGCUUGCCCUCCUCUGAUACAAAUGCUUCUCUUCCAAUCUCCUCCGUCGUCAAUCUCGACCGGGGAGAUACCGUGUUGUUGGAGUCGUACUGGAGGAAGAUGAGCGACGAAUGUACGGUGGUGAUCAAGGGUUGGGAAUUUCUGAGCUAUGCGAGCGAUCUGAGGAGUGUGUGUUGGUUCAUGACGCCGGAGCUCAGACACGCCAUUAAAAGGCUUCAUGCUCUGGUUGGCAACGCAGAGACACACGAUAAGCACAUUGUCAUCGGAAAUGGCUCCACGCAGCUCUUUCAGGCUUCGCUCUUCGCUCUCUCUUCUUCUUCUUCCUCUUCCCUCUCUCCCGCCGAUAUCCCUAUGAACGUCGUCGCCGCUGCUCCUUAUUAUUCGGGUUACCCAGUCGAGACGGAUAUAGUACGCUCAAGUCUAUACAGAUGGAGUGGGGACGCACUCAAGUAUGAUAAGAAUGAAGCAUACAUAGAGAUAGUGACGUCUCCGAAUAACCCAGACGGGAGUAUCAGAAGACCAAUGGUGAACAACAAGUGUGGAGGUGAAGGGAAGCUGAUUCAUGACCUUGCUUAUUACUGGCCUCACUACACUCCCAUUACUCACAAGGCCAAUCAUGACCUUAUGCUCUUCACUUUCUCCAAAUGCACUGGUCACUCUGGUUCUCGCAUUGGGUGGGCUAUUGUGAAAGACAUAGAAAUUGCGAAGAAGAUGACGACAUUUAUAGUGAUGAACUCCAUUGGAGUGUCGAAAGAGUCACAAACUCGUGCUGCUAAGAUAAUGAAAGUUGUGUGUGAUAGCUAUGAAAAUUUCAGAUUUGGGUCUAAGGAAUCUGUAGAGUUGUUCUUUGAGUACAGCAGACGCCUUUUGAAAGAGAGGUGGGAGAAACUGAGGGAAGUCAUAAAACAAAGUGAUGAUUUCAUUUUACCCAAGUUUCAAAGAGCCUACUGUAACUUCACCAAUGAAUCAUCUGAAACAUAUCCUGCUUUUGCGUGGUUGAUGUGUGAGAAGGACCAAGACUGUACGAGUUAUCUGGACAAGGAAAUGAAAGUUCUUGCUAGAAGUGGGAAUCGAUUUGGAUGUGAUCCAAGAUAUGCUAGAAUCAACAUGCUGACCAGAGGAGAUGACUUCGAUGAAUUCUUAAAGAGGCUUUCAGACAUCAAAGAUCUUAGUUGUCAAAUGUAGUGUACGUGUUGAAAAUGUUUGGUUACAAUUAAGGUGGUCCAACAGUCCCACUCAUAUUGAUGAUAUGAGAAAGGGUUGUGUGCUGCUGUGUGUGAUUAACUAUUUAUAUGUUGCCCAUAUUAAUUAUUUCCCUAAAAAAAAUAAUAUUCCUCAUGUUUUGUCCU